AUGUCAAGAUUACAUGGUUCCAUUUUCUUGAAUUUUCUCCUUGGAAAAAUUGUUUUAUUUUUACUUGUUCCACUUACAAAAGCAUCCAUCGUUGAUGAUUCUUAUAAAUCUUACGAAGAUGUGUUCGAUGCAAUUCUUAAUACACUUUUUCCAAUUACAUUCAUCAUCUUGUUUAAUGUCUCAGAAACUGGACCUAUUAAAAGAGUAUUGUUACCAUUACUUGAUGACAUAUUAUACAACACAAUCGCUUGGGUGUUUCCAUUGACUGCUUCUUUGUCCUAUCUUGAUAUUUACUUAAUUUCUUAUUUAUCACCUGUGGCAUGUUUUCAUAUAUGUCAUUCAAUAUGCGCUAUAAUAAAAAAUGUAAGAGUUGAUGAUUUGCAUAAUUCAGGAACAGGAACACAAAUAUUUAACAGGAUCUCUUUUGCUUUGAUAACUUCUCCAGCAAUAUUAAUUCCAGAAAUUUGGAUUGUGUUUAUUUCCUAUCGGCUUGUUGCUGGAUGGCCAAAAGGAAAACGUCGUGGAAUAUAUACUGUUUAUAAAGUAUAUCUUACUUUAAUGAUAGAAUACCUGGAGACUUUUUGGCUACUUCAAAUACAAUAA